AUGCCUACAUUUCAGUCGAAGCCUUUCCGAAGCGCUCGCGAACAGGCGACUACCCUGGGCGACCGCAUUGCAGCGUCCUACCGUCGACAAGUCUCUACUCGUCCAUUCCUCUUCUUCGGCCUCCCGUUCAUCUCACUUAUGGUAGCGGCCUCUUUCCUCCUGACGCCGGCCACGGCUUUGAGAUACGAGCAGCAUGAUCGGAAGCACAAGCAGGUGUCAGCACAGGACGCUAUGCAACUGGGACUGAAAGGCGGUCCCGAUGGUGAGGGAGGGCUCACAUACAACCCUCGCAGAAGAGUCGUUACAAAAGGAGGUCUUUCUGAGCGAGAUGAAUAUUAUAGAUUGAUGGCCAAGGAUCUUGACAAUUGGGAGCAAAAACGCGUGGAGAGGUUGAAGGACGAGCCUGACGGGAGACUAUGA